AUGGUCACCUAUGGUGAGGCUACGCAACCCGUAACAUUCCUACCGGCGUCACACAAAUAUGUUGACAGGACCCGGGUCAGUCCGGUGUGGAAAUAUCUCGUCGAUGACACAUCGAGAGAAUUUGGCGAUGAUGGCAAUGACGAAGAAGAAGAGGAAUACGAAGAAGAUGAUGAUGCCAUAGUUUCUUGGUGUUUACAGAACCAACCAUACAACUGGAGAGGAAAUGCCACCGGGCCUGGUCAAGGAAUAUUGAUGGUUACUCCUAAUGGAAAGUCUCAUUACGUGGCCCGUGAUACUGCUAAACAUGUUCCGUACUUCGAGAGGGUCCUUUCAAGCACACAAGUCGAAACACCACCCGGCCUCAUAACACGCAGCGCAACAACGAUCAAUCGAUGCGAGCAUCUUGAUGCCAAUUCUCUUCUUAAACCCCAGAGAGCGAAGGGUAGUCUUUUGUCCUCUUACCCAUCCAUGAAUAUAAUUCCGAAACUAUGGGAUCACUAUACUGAACAUGUGGACACUAUGUUCAAGGUGGUAUUCAAGCCGGAUGUCGCUCGCCUCAUCCUACAUAUUUGUAGGGGCUUUCACAUCGACCCCUCAAGCGAAGCCCUCUUAUUCGCAAUCUGGUUUGCAGUCAUCGCUUCGACAUCCGCAGAAGAUUGUCAAGCUCUGCAUGGCAUAGAGAGAAAUCAGCUUCUUCGCAAGUACAGGAUUGCACUUGAGCAAGCUUUAGUCCAAGCAGAUUGGAUCGCCACACAAGAGAUUGUGAUUCUCCAAAGCCUCGCAAUUUACUUAGCUUUCGCCUCAGAGAAAACGCGUUCGACGUGGGUGCUUAGCGGCAUAGUCAUUAGUCUAGCUCAAGCUAUAGGCUUGCACAUGAGCAUCGCUUCCUCUCCUUUGACCCCAGUCGAGAUCGAAGUACGCCGUCGUAUUUGGUGGUCACUAUGUCAGAUUGACGUUCGUGUCUCCAACAAUUGCGGUCUGGAACCCCACGUACCACUCGUCGUAGACUGUGAACUCCCACUUCAUGUCAAUGACGCUGAUCUAGAUGCGGGGCAUAACGCAGACGACACAUCACCUAGAAAAGAGAAAACUGAGAUGACCUUAUCUUUGAUCAAAAUUGAACACGCCUACACGACUUUGAGGUUCAAAAGAGCACAGUACAGAUCAUCUCAUUCGGAUGGGGAAAAGAAAGACCACCUAAUCGGAAAGCAGAUUCAGCGGUAUACCGAUGUCUAUAUGAAGUACUUCGAGGAUCCUUCAGAAUUCUCACGGCUAUGCGCCCUAGGUUUACAACUCAUCAUAGCAAGACUUCGGAAGCUUAUACCCGACGCAUCAGAUUCACAGGGGCAUGUCGAUACAGAAGCUCUGAACGAGCCUCUGCUGCUGUACAAUGCAGACGUACUGAACAUAGCCCAACAAUUACCAGAGAUGCAGCGACAAUAUGGAUGGUUCUUCCGCUGCAAAUGUUCACAGUGGCAUGCUCUGGUCUAUCUGUUGAUUCAUCUGUGCAAAUACACCCAAGGAGCUGCUGUUGAUCGAGCCUGGGCCGCUGUCGACGCAUUUUUCAUUACCUUGGGGGAAAAGUACCAUCUAGCAGCUCCACGCUUUUUUGACGGCACUUUCACGGGCAAGAAGGAUGCCUUAUGGCAACCGCUGCUGAGGUUGCUAGCCAAGGCUCGAGAUUCAAGAGCACAGUCUUUGCAAACCACCAAAGAAGUAACAAUCUCGAGUGAGCGACCCAUCGACGAACGGCCGGCUGACCAUCCUGCAAAGCAAAAGGGAAUGCUUGCAGACCCUUUUCUUGGUCAGUCGUUUGACUUUGAAGAAGAGAUGAACUGGGAACAAAUAGACGUCUGGGCGCACGAUUUUCAAGCUGUACUCGCUCGGGAGGAUGGCUUAGGCCACGCAGGGGAGGAUGUCCGGGACGCUUUAGACUGGUGGUAG